UAAAAGCAAUCAAAGCAAAAUGCAAAGAUAUCAGGCGGUCUGCAUCGCAAGGCUCGAUAAACAAGUCAAUGGUUGGGUUAUUUUGGUCAUUAACCCGGACGGAGUUGCAAAAGAUGCGUUCUAGUCCAGAGUCCAACAAAACCACGCUGUUGCUGUCCCUUCAGUUGAAGAGCUUGAUCAAUAUCAAAACGGAGAAUGGAAGAGUGGUAUGGAAGGAGGACGAAAAAUGGAACGACGACCAGAGAUGGAAAUCCCACGAUACAUCUAAUGAUGGCGAGAGAUGGGAAGACGACAAAUGGGAAGACCAAGGGUGGAAGACCCAACGAUGGGAGGAGAAGGAGAAGUGGAAGGAGGGUGAGAAAUGGAAUGGCGAGGAGAGCAAGCAAGGAUGGGGAAACGAGGAAUGGAAGGUGGAACCUGCCCAGUCAAAAGCUGGUAGAAAUUCCCAGACCCAAAUGUGGACCGAGGAUGAAGACGGAGGGAAUUUGACGAAGGUGAGCGGUUGGGAUCCUGUUACGGUGAAUGUUUCAACAGACCAGGAGGUCCCGUGGUGGGAAGAUGCUAGGAAUUCCUCCACUUCUCCUGAGGGCCAGCCAUGA